AUGGCAGAUUCCUUGGAGAGACCUACUUCACUCAAAGACCACAAGUUCACUGGUUCAAAGGAAGCCGUGAAGACUGCGUGCACAAAGGGUGAUGUGACCUUUCUGGCUGACCUGGCAGAUGCCUUGGCUGGGGAAAGUGAAGAGACAGAAAAUCCCUCUGAGGAUGGCCACAUGUUGAAACUGCUGAAGCACUCGAAGCUUUCACUUCCCACUGCACCCUUCACUCCGGAUAGCAACAGCCCUCCCGCCUCCCUCUCCCCUCCAUCCGCCAACAUGAACCCUCAUCUUCCUCACACAAACAACUCCCAUCAAGGAGACGAGAAUGUCCCUGGUGAAAACAAGACUCGUUCAGAGGCUAUCACCUUGAUUCGCGCCAGGACUCUUACUCGUUCUUCCCCAACAGAAGCAUCCUUCCAAGCAGACAUGGCCAUCGACAACAGUCUCCCUCCUCCCACGUCCGAGUCUCAUCUCCCGCCAGUAUCUCUCAUGGACUUGUUUCAGAAGCCUAAAAAGAAAAGAUCCAGCAAGAGCAAGUCCAAGAGACAAAAGUCCAAACGGCGUGAUGUCUCCAAGUCCCCGGACAACAAGGACUCGGGCCUAGACAUUCCUGAUGAAGCCAACGAGAAGAAAUUGGACACCGAGAUCAACAAUGAGCAGGACACCCAAGCUCCUUUGUCUGCUCCUGUACUUGACAACCCUGUAUCAAUCAAGCUGGAAGAUGCAGUUCCCACCAAUGCAGAUAUUGAAGACAAGUCCAACCCUGUCGCGCUGGCGAAGGAAUCUGGUCCCGAGAAGCACGAAGAUGCGGUCGUCGCCGACCAGAGAGAAUCUCAGCAGGACACCGCGUCUCAAAUGCCUCCGGCCUUGUCUUUUGCUGCCGUCUUAGCUGGUGGCAUGGACAAGCUGGAGCUCAAUACGUGCAAUGAGGCUCCCAAUUCGACCGGUGACGGAAAGACUUCCACCACCGGUAGCAAAUACGCCUUCACACCCAACGAGACCACCCAACUGGACGGCGCAUCCAACAAUGUCAGUGGGGGCAAAGCUCAGAAGACCUGUGAUGAUGGAUCGGAUUGUCCCUCAACGGUCGAGCCAUCGUCUCAAUCGUCUCCCCGUGGCUCUCAUCAGUCCUCUCGCAAGGUUGCAACCCAGAAAGAAAAGCUACCUGCUAUACUAGAAGCAUCGCCAGAAGACAACGGAGGUUCCUCGGUCCAAGUUAGCCCAUCUGCAAGCAACCAGAGCCUCACAUGUACCCCAAAGUCGACCAGCACUGGACUUUCUGCGUGGAAUGCGUUUUCCCAACAGAACACACCGCGUACGGAUAUCACUGAUGACAGCCAGCUGAAGGGAACAAAGAACAAGAAGGCUCAAAAGCACUCCACUAGCACCCGAACCGACUCAGCGAUCCAGGUCAAUGGCAACGCGAGUGGCAGCCAUGCACAUCCGCCAACCUCGACUGACGGGGGCAACCAAGGACCAACCUCAAGCAAAAAGAAAUCCAAAUCAUUCAAGAAAAAGGAUGGCUUCUGGUGGAACCUUGACAGUCACGGAUUUCCCUGUGCGAAGGAAGGCUGUGACAAACGCUGCAAUCUCUGGGACGGCGCAACCGUCAUCUGUCCUCGCUGUGGCCCAUACUCCGAGUGUCGUUACUGCUGCAAAGAGCACCUUCUGAACAGUAUUAAGCGACACUGGUCCAUUUGCGAGCAGAUGACCUUCCAGCACCCAUGCAAAGAGUCAACCAUCCCGAAAGACGUCCGUAACGGACCGGCUUUUGUCCCCUGUCUUCAUCCCUACGACACACCUGAGCGUCAUCGCCAGGCGGUCUUUCUUAACAUGAACAGCAAAGUUGGUGAUUACUUCAUCUUCUCUGACUGGGCCGACAAUCUCGAGGCAGGAUUCCCCGAAAACAACGUGGCUCUCCGUUGCUCCAGCCGAGUGGUGUACAUCAUCAAGUUCGACGACGCCAAAGAGAAAGACCGCUUCCGUCGUGUUCUCGCAACCUGUCUUUUCAUGACCAUCGAAGUGACCGAGCUUGUCGACUAUCUCUACCGGCUGAUCCGCGAUAAGCUGCGGUCUGAAGGCGCUCCCCCGGAGCUAGAAACCGCAGUUCAGUACCAGUUCCGCCAGGAGUUUGCCGUGACCAUCCAGACAAUCAUCACGGGUCAGAGACACGCAUGCGACACCGACUGGGACGGGAGAAACCGCCGCAGCUGCCUCGAUCCCAGGGAUGCUACUGGAUCCUCCGCGCAGCCCGGGCUACGCACCCCGAUGUGA